AUGAGUGUAGAAAUAUUAGAUGGUGCCACCAUUGUGGGUUUCGUGGAAGACGAGGAAGCCUUCAACGUAUCAGUGAGUGACCUCUUUGCCCAACUUGACACCGACAAGGAUGGUCUUCUUUCCUAUGCAGAGAUGUUGAAGGAGUUGAGGAGGCUAAGAGUGUUUGAGACCCACUUUGGGGUGGAUGUGAAGCGUGACCCAGAUGAGCUUGCACAUGUUUACGAGUCAUUGUUCAUUCAAUUCGACCAUGACUUGAAUGGGAGAGUUGAUCUCCAAGAAUUCAAGGAUGAAACCAAACAGAUGAUGCUUGCUAUGGCCAAUGGACUUGGCUCUCUCCCUGUUCAAAUGGCUCUUGAAGAAAAUAGCCUCCUUAUGAAGGCUGUUCAACGAGAGUGCUAUCUUAAUGUUGCUGCUUAA